AUGGCGCGCGUCUAUGCCGAUGUCAACGAGCAUAUGCCUCGAUCCUACUGGGACUACGAUAGUGUGAACAUCUCAUGGGGAGUCUUGGAAAAUUAUGAAGUGGUCCGCAAAAUCGGACGGGGAAAGUACUCGGAAGUUUUUGAGGGUAUCAAUGUUGUCAACUACCAGAAGUGUGUGAUCAAGGUCCUCAAACCGGUCAAGAAGAAGAAGAUUAAGCGUGAGAUCAAGAUUCUUCAGAACUUGGCGGGUGGUCCCAAUGUUGUAGCCUUGCUGGAUGUUGUUCGCGAUAACCAGAGCAAGACGCCGAGCCUGGUCUUUGAAUACGUCAACAACACCGACUUCCGCACCCUUUACCCACGCUUCUCCGACUAUGAUGUCCGCUUCUAUGUCUAUGAACUCCUGAAGGCGUUGGAUUUCUGCCACAGCAAGGGUAUUAUGCACCGGGAUGUGAAGCCUCACAACGUUAUGAUCGACCAUGAGAAACGCAAGUUGCGCCUGAUCGAUUGGGGUCUUGCCGAAUUCUAUCACAAGGGCACAGAGUACAACGUUCGUGUCGCUUCACGAUACUUCAAGGGCCCGGAGCUGCUCGUUGAUUUCCAGGAAUACGACUACUCUUUGGACAUGUGGUCGCUUGGAGCUAUGUUCGCCUCGAUGAUUUUCCGCAAGGAGCCUUUCUUCCACGGAAACAGCAACUCGGACCAGCUGGUAAAGAUCGCCAAGGUGCUGGGAACCGAAGAACUCUUUGAGUACCUGGACAAAUACGACAUCGAGCUCGACCCCCAGUAUGAUGAGAUCCUCUCCCGUUUCCCUAAGAAGGCUUGGCAUUCUUUCGUCAAUGCUGAGAACCAGCGCUUCGUGAGCGAUGAAGCAAUUGACUUCCUUGACAAACUUCUCAGAUAUGAUCAUGCGGAACGACUUACUGCCCAAGAGGCUAUGGCUCAUCCUUACUUUGCGGCUGUCCGCGCGGCAGAGACCCAAGCCACCCGAAACAACGUGACGUCUCAAUCGUGA